AAAGCAGUUCUAGUUGCAUUCCAUAGUUAUUUUCAUGGCUAAUCUCUUGCUUCUUUCAUGUUUAAUCAUCAUUAGUCUUGUGCUCGCAUGCCGAAGGGUAACUGCCAACCCAGAGGCAAGGGCCUUCUUCGUCUUUGGGGAUUCACUAGUCGAUAAUGGCAAUAACAACUUCUUGGCAACGAGUGCUCGGGCUGACUCACCUCCAUAUGGGAUUGACUCUCCAUCUCAUCGACCCACUGGCCGCUUCUCCAACGGGCUCAAUUUCGCAGAUGUGAUCAGUGAAAAUCUUGGGUCCGAACCCCCAUUACCUUACUUGAGCCCAGAACUGAGAGACGAGAAACUACUCGUUGGUGCCAAUUUUGCCUCCGCCGGUGUUGGGAUCCUCAAUGAUACUGGAGCACAAUUUGUGAAUAUAAUCCGAAUGUACAAGCAAUUGCAGCUCUUUGAGCGCUACCAGGAAAGAUUAGCAAUUCACUUUGGAUCGGAGGAAGCUGAACGCAUUGUGAACCAAGCUAUGGUGUUGAGCUGUGUUGGAGAAAAUGAUUUCGUAAACAACUACUACUUGAUACCGUACUCCCCAAGGUCUCGCCAAUUCUCUAUCAAUGAUUACGUCCAGUAUCUUGUUGCUGAGUAUCGAAAAAUUUUGCGGAGGUUAUAUGACCUUGGAGCCCGAAGGGUUCUAGUGACGGGUGCGGGGCCGAUGGGAUGCCCUCCAGCGGAGGUAGCCAUUCACGGCAGAAACGGGCAAUGUGCUGUGGAACUACAAAGAGCUUCCGCCUUGUACAAUCCACAGCUCGUGCAAAUGAUCAAUGGACUUAACCAAGAGUUCGGAUCAAACAUCUUCGUCAGCGUGAAUGCAUUAGACAUGAACAUGGAUCUGAUAAAUAAUCCACAGGCAUAUGGAUUUGUGACGGCCAAGAUAGCUUGCUGUGGACAAGGGCCGUACAAUGGACUAGGAACGUGUACACCAGUGUCAAAUUUGUGCAACAACAGGAAUCAGUAUUUUUUUUGGGAUAAUUUCCAUCCAACUGAGAGGGCCAACAGGUUGCUUGUGCAGCAAAUGAUGAUAGGCUCCACCAAGUACAUGCACCCCAUGAAUCUCAGCACCAUCAUAGCCUUGGAUUCCAGGGCUUAAUACUUAUGUUUAAAUAAGCUGCUUCAUGCGGUGGUUAUGCAUAGUAUAUUUUUGUGCUGAAUUAUGUUUUUCUUUGUUUGUUGCUAAGCUUGCCUUUGUGCUUCUAGUGUUUUCUGAUGAUAAAUCAGUACUAUUGCGUCUAAAUAACUUCAAAAUUGGUGUUUUGUAGUAAUAUUAAUUCUUUUAAUAUGAGUUAGGAUAAACUUACACAAUUUUU